AGCAAGCCCAAAUGGAGGCUCAUCACCUCUUCACAUCCCUGUAGAACAUUAAUGAGCAAAGCCUAGCUAUUUAUAUAAACUAGUGUAUUCAUAAUAAAGGAGUCAAUAUACUGCUGCACCGUAGAAGAAGAUGAUAAGAUGGGGCAGAUGUUGCCUGCACCAUUCUAUGAGAGUGGCUAAUCUUUUUGUCAACCUCUGUGGUGUUGCCAUGAUUAUCUACUCACUUUGGCUCCUUAAGAAAUGGAAACUUGGAGUUUCUCACCUCCCCAUUGUCUUGUACAUUCCCAAACCAUGCAGGUUUAUAUAUGCAUGUUUAGGGGUGGGAAUUGCUAUCUGCUUGAGCACGCUCUUCGGUCAUAUAGUCACUAACUCUACCAACAACUAUAUUCUUUGUAUAUACAUAUUCUCCAUAUGUUCUCUUCUUUUCCUCCAAUUUGGCGUUGUUAUCUCUGUGUUCUUCAAAAUCGACUGGGAUGUGGUACGCUUAAUUAUUUCUCAGAAUUGCAUACUACAUCAAAUCAAAUUGUAUCUCAAUCCUUUCAUACAUAUGUAUGUUUUUGUGUUACAGCAAUUUUCCAAGUACAUCGAUGAGUAUCACACAGGGUUCAUGAGUUUUGUGAUAUUUCAUCUUAAUAUGUGUAGAUUGAUUGUCAUUAUGUGUUUGGUGCCACAGAUGAAUGUGAUAAUUAUAGGAAUUAUUCUUUGGGGAGUAGGAGUGGAGGCAAGGUCGAGUCAACCGAGCCAUUUCAAUAUAACUGACUUUCAUCAAUCUUUUCUGGUGACACCCAACUUGCCAAUAAUAUCUCAUGAAAAUGUCAGUUCAACACGAAGUUUUAGAAAUUUCUCAUUGAUUUCACCUUCUUGUCACCAGAUUAAUUAAUCCAUGCACAACAUUUCUAGUACUAUAUAAAUAUAUAUAUAAAGAUAUAUUUCUCCCAGAUCAACUCCCAUCUCAUCUCGUUCAAAAUGUACCAUUAUUUAUUGUAUGAAAUACAUAAAAAUGCAGACAAAAUUUUAACUUCUGUUGAGGCACUUGCAGAAGUAGCUAGAGCUACUAGAGUUUUGCUAUGGUACGUUUGAUUUUGACCAUAACAUUUUUCAUUGUAUUUUUGGUACUAUGCAAUUUUUUGGGGCA